AGACCUUUCCCCCCCACCCACCCUCCGUUCCCACGUGUGAAGUUUUCCGGCGAAGUUUUGGAGGAAAAUGCCCAAAUUCAAGGCGGCUCGCGGAGCUGCGGGUCAGGAAAAACAUGCGCCCCUGGCUGAGCAGAUCCUGAGUGGGGACGCGGUGCGAGCAGGAGCCCGGGAAAAGCGGCGCGGUCGUGGGACCGGAGACGAGGAGGAAGAGUAUGUGGGGCCCCGGCUGACCCGACGGAUUUUGCAGCAAGCACGGCAGCAGCAGGAGGAACUCGAGACCGAGCAUGGGACUAGGGGCAAACCCUCAGCGCCACGCGAGCGUACCACGCGGCUCGGUCCAGGAGUCCCACAGGAUGGAUCAGAUGAUGAGGACGAGGAGUGGCCCACCUUGGAGAAGGCUGCCACAAUGACAGGGUCAGGCCAUCAUGCAGAGGUGGUCGUGGACCCUGAGGAUGAGCGUGCCAUUGAGAUGUUCAUGAACAAGAACCCUCCUGCCAGGCGUACCCUGGCUGACAUCAUCAUGGAGAAGCUGACUGAGAAGCAGACGGAAGUUGAGACGGUUAUGUCAGAGGUGUCAGGCUUUCCCUUGCAUCAGCUGGACCCCCGGGUUCUGGAGGUCUACAGGGGAGUCCGGGAGGUGUUAUCCACGUACCGUAGUGGGAAGCUGCCCAAGGCCUUCAAGAUCAUCCCUGCGCUCUCCAACUGGGAGCAGAUACUCUACGUGACGGAGCCCGAGGCCUGGACUGCAGCUGCCAUGUACCAGGCUACAAGGAUUUUCGCCUCUAACCUCAAGGAACGCAUGGCUCAGCGCUUCUACAACCUUGUCCUGCUCCCCCGGGUACGAGACGACAUCGCUGAAUACAAACGACUGAAUUUCCACCUCUAUAUGGCUCUCAAGAAGGCCCUGUUUAAGCCCGGAGCCUGGUUUAAAGGGAUCCUGAUCCCACUGUGCGAGUCCGGCACCUGUACCCUCCGGGAAGCCAUCAUUGUGGGUAGCAUCAUCACCAAAUGCUCCAUCCCUGUGUUGCACUCCAGUGCAGCCAUGCUGAAAAUCGCCGAGAUGGAAUACAGCGGUGCUAACAGCAUCUUCCUGCGACUGUUGCUGGAUAAGAAGUAUGCGCUGCCCUACCGUGUGCUGGACGCCCUGGUCUUCCACUUCCUGGGCUUCCGGACGGAUAAACGCGAACUGCCUGUGCUCUGGCACCAGUGCCUCCUGACUUUGGUCCAGCGCUACAAGGCAGACCUAGCCACCGAUCAGAAGGAGGCCCUCUUGGAACUGCUCCGACUGCAGCCCCAUCCACAGCUGUCCCCUGAGAUUCGGCGUGAGCUUCAGAGCGCGGUCCCCCGAGAUGUGGAAGACAUGCCUGUCACCAUGGAGUGAGGAAAGUGACUUGCCCUGCCUGGUCUGAAGAGGCAUGAGGGGAUACCAGGAUUCCCUGUUGGUGAUACACAGCUUUUAACAGCUGAACUUGGGACAGGUCAGGACAGUGAGUGGUCACAGGCAGCUGUGACUCCCAGUGGCUGACAGGGAGGACUGGAGGGUCAGGCUGGCUCCUUCUUCCCCAUUCUAGGUCUUUGUCCCUACUCAGUUCUGAGGCCUGACUGGAGGUGCCCCACGCCAGCAUUCCCACUCCCUGGCCAGGGCUUGGAAUAGUUUCUUUACGCGGGCUGUUGUGGCUCAUCACUGGGCCAUAUAGAUAAAAACCAAAGGCAGGUAUUUAUUGAACUUCUGUGUUUUGAUGUGAUCAGUGGAAAUCUUUGUUUUCCCUCUUCAGCUGGCGGGAAACUCUUCCCUAUUUGUGUUCAGAGCAGAUUCUUAACAGUUGAUACCCUUCCCUGCCGCCUCAUUCUGUGAGUCUGUGUCUCCAGCUAGAGCCUUCACAGAGUCAGAAGCUACUUUGGGGGAAUGCCAGCAACCAGGAAGGAGGGUGUUUCAAAAGAUGGUCCUGUCUCAGCUGCGGGUGGACUGCUGCAGGAGAAAGUCUCGAGAGAAAACUGCAGCCAGGGAGAAUAAGGUCAGGCCCUGGAAUGCGUCAGUUUGGAGUCACCGCCAGCCAGGUUCCCUAACUUUCUUGGCUACUUAAAGCUUCAGACCAGAUGUUGGCAGAGUAGAGUUGUAAGUAGAUUUUCCUGCAGCCCAUGAGCUAAUCGUGAUUUUUACAUUUUUUAAGUGGGAAAAAAAACUUGAGUAUUUUGUGAUAGGUGAAAAUUAUAUGAAAUUCCGAUUUCAGUGUCCCUAAGUAAAGUUGUGUUGGGACACA